CCCAUCUUCCUGCAGCUUUCCUUCCUUGAGCAGUUCAUCUGGUCGGCGCAUAUCCUAUCCAUCUUCCCAGGCCUUCAUCACUUGAGGUUUGAUUAAUAAUCAUUUGUUGGAAGUGGCUCUAAGUGAAAGAUGGUUAAUGGGAUGGAAGCUUCAGGUGGGUUACAAUGGAGGGUAAGGAUGACCAAUGGAUCAUCAUCUGAGCUGCUAGUUCCAGAAUCUGGUCCUAUCCACAGAACCUGGCUAGGGCUCUUGGGUUUGCUUGUUGAGUUUACAUCAAAAUUUAGGAAGUUCUUCAAGAAAGCUUGGGCUUUAGGGGUUGAUGAUCCUAAGAAAGUCAUCCAUUGUUUAAAAGUAGGGAUGGCUCUCACUAUAGUCUCACUCUUCUACUAUAUGAGACCUUUGUAUGAAGGUGUUGGAGGAAAUGCUAUUUGGGCAGUCAUGACAGUUGUGGUAGUCUUUGAAUACUCAGUGGGAGCUACACUAAGUAAAAGCUUAAACAGAAUAACUGGAACUGUCGUUGCUGGAUCACUAGCUAUAGGUGUCCACUGGAUUGCUAGCCAGUCUGGAGAGAGGUUUGAGCCUGUAAUUCUUGGAUCUUCAGUCUUCCUUUUAGCUUCAGCUGCAACUUUCUCUAGAUUUAUUCCAACAAUAAAAGCAAGAUUCGAUUAUGGUGCUAUGAUCUUUAUCCUCACUUUCAGCUUGGUUUCGGUAUCGGGUUUUCGUGUUGAAAAAUUGUUUCAGAUGGCACACACAAGACUGUCCACCAUUGCCAUAGGAACCUCUUUGUGCAUGCUCAUCAGCAUGCUUGUUUGUCCCAUUUGGGCUGGGGAAGAGCUUCACCUCCUCAUCACUCGUAAUAUGGAAAAACUUGCCAAUUCCUUAGAUGGUUGUGUCACUGAGUACUUCAAGGAGAUGAACAGUGAUGGCGAUGUCGAAAAUGAGGAUAAAGACAAUAAAAGCUUAUUAGGAUACAAAUGUGUGUUAAAUUCAAAAGGAGCAGAAGACACUUUUGCCAAUUUUGCUAGAUGGGAACCUGCUCAUGGUCAAUUCAACUUUUCUCAUCCAUGGAACCAAUACCUCAAAAUUGGAGCAUCAUUGAGAACAUGUGCCUGCUGCAUGGAAGCUCUUAAUGGUUGCAUUAAUUCAGAAGUUCAGGCGCCUGACUUUGUAAAAAGGUUUCUCAGUAAUGCCUGCAUAGUAUUGAGCUCCCACUCUUCAAGGGUCUUGAAAGAAUUGGCCAUUACAAUCACCACAGCCACAAGAAGAUCUACUCAAAUAGAUUUAUCAGUUGAAGAUAUGAAAGAUGCAGUACAAGAGCUUCAAAAAACUUUAACAUCCCUUCCUAGCCUACUCACUCCACCACCAUCACCAUUCCCAGAAGCACCUGAGGAAGAGAAGAAAGAACCCAUUUCAACACCCACCAUAGUCCCUCUAAUGGAGGUUGUUCCUCUUGUCACAGUAGCUUCAUUAUUGAUUGAAAUAGUGACUAAGAUUGAAGGAGUGGUUGAAGCAGUGAAUGAAUUACAAAACUUAGCAGAUUUCAAGCCUGAUGAGACUGAAAAACUCAAGCCUACCUCAGAUUACCAAGAUCAACAAACCAUGAAAGCUCUUCAACAAGUUUGAGUUUGUAGAUUAUUAAUUUAGACAAGAACAGCAGCUCCUCCACAGGCAAAGAAGGAAUUAAAAAGAGGGUAUUUUCACUUUCUUUAUCUGUAAACAGGUCUUCUUGCCCUUUUGGAACUGAUCAUGAUGAACCAUCCUACAAGUUUUUAAUUGUUGAGAUGUGUCGGUCACAUUCAAGUUUGAAGAUUCCUUAAUUAAUCAAUAACAAGGCAAUGUUUCACAUGAACAAGUUGGUCCAAAGUUGUUUAGGGUUUAUUAGAAAUUCACAGCUGAAGAGGUACGUACCAGAUUGAAUAUUGGUAGUGCUUGUUCUUGGUGUAUUGCAUUACACUAUGCACCGCACCCAACUCUAUAUUGCGUUCCACUGUGGAACAAGUGUAUUAAUUUGUAAUAAACUGUGAUUUCGGGUUAGAUACUGCAAUGGAACACUCUAUUGAUUUGUAUUAAAGUAUGA